GCGCUUAUGUUGUUCUGUCCGGUUGAUGUUCAGAACCCCGCCUGCAUAUGCCUCUCGUUCCGCAAUUAACGUUGUAUUUUUCGGAAGUGAUCAAUUCUCGCUGGCUCAUUUGAAAGCAAUUCAAGAGUACCGUCCUAAUCCAGAUUUGCUGCAUUUGGAUCAUGUUGUCACCUCAAGCAGUCAGACUCCGGUCGCUUCAUACUGCUCUACCCUGGGUCUUGACUACACUAUCUGGCCUCGCAAAUCAGCAAAUGCUGUCGAAAAGUUGCUAAAUCAGUUUCGACAAGCAGAUCAUUCUUAUCUGGGCUUGGUCGCAUCAUUUGGCCGGUUUUUGCCUGAAUCUAUAAUUUCCAGCUUCCCGUUGGGUUGCAUCAAUGUCCAUCCAUCGUUACUUCCUAGAUGGCGCGGCCCCUGUCCACUUCUGCAUACUCUGCUCGCUGGUGAUCAGGUGACGGGGAUUUCAAUUAUUCGACUACCCAGGAACACGCAUACGUUUGACUCUGGACCAGUGUUGUACCAACACCCAGUUGCUUUACCAUCCACGCUGACUUGGACAAGUAGCCGGCUGCUGAACUAUUUGGUUCCUCACAGCAUUCGAGCUAUGUUUGAGGUGCUUUGUGAACCGGCCUACCUCCUAUCCGGCCAUGCAGUGACACAAGAUGCACUGUCACUGAGGACUGGCCUGACACCGUCCAUCGCCUCACUUCCAAACCCAGUUAUGGGUCAGGUGAAUUGGGAAAAACAAUCAGCCACGGAUAUCGUGCGUGUGUGGCACGCGUUGAAAGAAACGUCUGUGCGUUUGCAAUCCACUAUGCCAGUGGUGUCAACAGGGUCUCCAUCUGUUGCUCACGUUCAAUUGUGUGGCGGUGCACCAAUGGCGGUUCCUGACCUCACGAAGCUUUCGGCUAGAGAGGAGCUGUGUAUAGACUGUGGGGAUACCCUUCUCCGCGAGGCAUGCAAUCUACUCUCAAGUCUGCCACCCAGCAUCCCAUUUGGCGGACUGGUGUAUUUACGCACGGGAUUAAAACCUGGCCAUCAACUCCUACCGUUUGCCUUCGUUGCUUGUAAACCAAACGGUUCCGGCAGUUUGAGCGGAAAAUCAUGGUUGGCGAUACCAUCGUUUAGAGUGCAAUGGCCGGGAUCUAAAGCGUUUAGACAGCUGACUGCAAUAGACUUCUACAACGGCUACUUGAAGACGGUGGAUAUUUCGAACUGUCGCGAGUCAGCCCAACUUCCUCGUGGCUGUUACCUUUUCCCAGAGUUCCAGUCUCCACCCAAAUCCCAGAACCCAUUGCUUUCCGAACCCUGGAAUGUUCUUACUCCACCUGUACAGUUGUCGUCUGUUUAUUCUUGAAUGUUUCAUCCGUUGUACACGAUGCAGCCGCGACGAAAUGUGUACAUAUUGUUUGAAUGAUAUCGUCUGUCUUCAUUUUGGUCUUCCUGUUGGAUAAUCGUCUUGACCAGAUAGUCUUAUUUACAGUACUGAUCUAUACAAUAAUGAGCUAAUAAAAAUCAUGUUGAA